AUUUUUCAAGUAUUCUAUCAGACAGAAAUCAAUUCAGUUUUAUUUUUUCAAAACAUAUUAAUUUUCUUAUCAGCUGCGUUUGUUUUUUUAGCAGAUUUACUUUUUAUAUAAAAAUUUUAGUCGUGUUGUCCAAAAAAGUUGCUAAUUAUUUGAAAUAUUUAAACAAACUUAAAUAUGUUGCAACGUAUUAUAAAAGUCGGUCAAAUUUCAAAGUUUUCGCAAUUUUCAAAAAAUACGUCAAUUCUCAAUGUAACCUCAAUUGCUAGGUAUUCAAGUCAGCAGGGUGAAGUUUCGAAGUGUCCCGUGAAAGGAUUAGUUCUUGGACUGUACGAAAAGGAAGGAGACAAACCACCAAAAUUAACUUCAAUUGGAGAGAAAUUUGAUGAUAGGACCCAUGGAAAGAUCCAUAGCUUGAUUCAAGAAACCAAUAUCAAUGGAGUCUUGGGCAAGGGAAAAGUUUUCCAAAAUGUCGAUCCAGAAUUCCAUUCGGUGGCUAUAAUUGGGCUCGGCCCAGAGGGUGCCGAAUACGAUAGCGAAGAAGUCAUAGAAGAGGGCAUGGAAAAUGCGAGAAUCUGUGCUGGCAUCGGUGCUCGGGAACUCCAGCUGUUGGGUUGCACUGAGGUCCAUGUUGAUGCAAUGGAAUAUCCUGAGCAGGUAGCUGAAGGAGCAUCUAUUUCCGUAUACCGCUAUCAGGACAACAAGAAAAAGAAAAAACGAAUGAUAAUACCUCAGUUGUGUCUUUUCGAGUCACCUGAAGUUGAUGCCUGGACGAGGGGCCUCUUCAAAGGAGAAGCCCAAAAUUUGGCUCGUAAGCUAUCUGAUGCCCCGGCGAAUCAAAUGACUCCCACAGCUUUUGCCCAGGCUGCGGUAGAUGCCCUGUGUCCAUGUGGAGUGACGGUUGAAGUGAGAACCAUUAAUUGGAUCGAAGCAAAUCAUCUGAAUUCGUUCCUAAUGGUUGCAAAGGGUUCGUGUGAACCUCCAGUGUUUCUCGAAAUAAGCUAUUGCGGAACUUCUCCCGAGGAUAAGCCAGUUCUGCUUGUUGGCAAGGGAAUUACCUUCGAUAGUGGCGGCCUUUCAUUGCGGGCCAAGCCCUUGAACAUUUACAGGGGUUCAAUGGCUGGAGCAGCUGUGGUAGUUGCUGCAGUUCGUGCAGCCGCAGCCCUAUCCCUGCCUAUAAAUAUAGCCGCAAUUAUUCCACUAUGUGAGAAUAUGCCUUCUGGGCUGUGCUGUAAGCCGGGAGAUGUCGUGACUUGUCUUAACACCAAAACUUUAGCGAUUGAGGAAUGUGAUCGAAUUGGAGUAAUCGCUAUGGCUGAUCCUCUUGUCUAUGGUCAAAAUACCCAUAAACCUCGUUUAGUUUUGGACGUUGGGACUAUGGCAAACGGUGUGAGGAGUGCAUUUGCUGGAGCUGCUUGUGGAGUCUUCUCGAACUCAAAUGAAAUUUGGGAAGGAUUCAAGAAGGCUGGAAUUUUGACUGGAGACCGAAUGUGGCGAAUGCCUUUGUGGAAUUAUUAUAGGAAUUUGGUAGCACAAAACAUGGCCUUUGAUAUAAGUAACAGAGGCUGGGGACCAGCUUCAUCGUGCAUUGCUGCUGCAGUCUUACAUCAAUUUGUUCCUUGUAUCGAUUGGGCACAUCUGGAUAUUACCGGAGUUGGAAUGCUGGCUGAGGAGGGCUGUGUUCCAUAUUUACUUCCCCAUCGAAUGACUGGAAGGCCAACACGUACUCUGAUUCAAUUCUUGUAUCAAACAGCUUGUCCUGAAGAAAUUAAACAAGGUCCUUGUUGAUGAGUUAUUUUGUAUAGCAGAUAGAUGGCGUUUGUAUGAAUUUGUAAUAGUUUUCUUUUCUAUUGGACGAAAUAUAAACAAAAUUUUUUAUGUUCCAAAAUA